AUGGCCCUAGUUGCCUUGACCAAAGGUCAGCUUUGGGUCCACCAAUGCAAAUUCAUUGCUCAUAAACUAUACAUGAAGAAAGUUAAGGGAAUGAUAAACUUAAUUACAGAGUCAACAACUACUCUGAUAAAUUCAUGGAGCAAUAGAAUUGAAGCAGGGGGAGGAGUUGCUGACAUAAAAAUUGACAACCACAUGAGAAGUUUCUCUGGCGAUGUUAUCUCAAGAGCUUGUUUUGGAAGCAACUAUUCCAAAGGGGUAGAGAUAUUUAAGAAACUAAGAAAUCUCCAGGAGGCUAUGUCCAAGAAAAUCUUUUUGACUGGAGUUCCUGGAAUGAGGUACCAUAUGUAA